AUGAGGACGUUCAUGUUCCUUCUCCUUCUCCUGUUUGUAGCACAGCAGCAACACCUCAGCAAUGCCCAGACACUGCAGCCUAUCCAUACGUGCAGCAUAGUCUUGCGGGGCGCUUCUGGCUUUGUUGAGGGAAGCUUCUCCCUGGCAGAAUUCCGUCUCCACUGCUGGUGGGGCGACCAGACUGGCACCGAUACCAUUGAUGCCACAAACAGUAGCACGGAUGCAGCUGUGAAGGUCCAGCUUGGUCGAAACUUGUUAGUUUCCCUCAAGCGUAGUGGCGGGAUUCCUGAUCUGUCGGGGGUUCAGAGCGACUGGAGUGCUGCAGCGCGGCCCUUUACAGCCAUUUCAUGGGAUGAUGACCCAUACCACGACCCAUAUGAUAAUGCCUACCGGUCUGUAAUGUCUGAGGACUGGGGCCUUGACAUUGUUAACGUGCCUCACCUGCAGCUGGUGGAUUCGGUGGUGUCAGGAAUCCCCUUGAGCAGCGUGGGACCAUUGCUGCAGAUCCUCAACUGCAGCACCCUGACCACACGAAAUGUAACCCUGGAAGCACUGCAUCGCCCGCCAGGGGAAGCAGCUUAUGGCGCAGUCCGCGUUACUGGGUUGCAAUCCGCAACAUUUGAUGGUAUCCGGUGCUCAGAUGUCCGUGAUGCCUUGGGUUGGGCUUGCCUUUUACUUGAGGCGCGCCCAAAUGCUGCUGUUUUCAUUCAGGGUAGCUUGUUCGUUAACAACUCGGUGGAAUUCUAUCAUGGAGUGGAGUCUUCCCCGCGACCAUUAAGCAAUGGAGGACAGCCCUCCACCGUUGCUGAGCUACAGGUUGCAUAUCCUUCACCUGUGUACGCGUCCUACGAUAAUGGCGUGCCCACGAGCAGCAUAUCAGAGGAGCUGCCACUGCAUGCAGUUUUAUGCACCGAAGAUGAUGACAACAGUCCGCCUUUCACUGGCUAUGGGGCAAUCCUUAUCAUCUACCAGCUUGAUGAUAAAAGCCUGUGCAACCUGGAACAUCCACCGGGUUCUGCUGAGAUAAAUGCUAUUGUGGUGUUGGAGCGGACCGUCCUCAGCUACAACAGAGGAGGGUGCGGAGCAGGCAUUUCCAUGCGAAGUCCGUUCGCCUAUGAAGCGGUUCCUGAGUGUAGUGUGAAUCGCCACGUCCUAGUUAUUCUCAGGAACAGCAGCAUCACGAGCAAUACAGCCGACAUGCAUGGUGGUGGCAUUCACUAUCGUGACGGUUGGGGUGGAACAGUCCACCUGACCAUUGAUGAAGGGUCCAUCCUGUCCCUCAAUUCUGCUGUUACCCAAGGUGGAGGUGCCGCACUACAAGGCAGCCACAUUGGGAAUGUAACGAUUUCCAACACGACGGUGUCCUAUAACAAAGCGAACAACGGUGGUGGCUUGUUCUUUUAUGCAUACGGCAAUCUCACAACCAUCCGAGUUAGCAACAGCAACUUGUCAUACAACAAUGCGAGUUCAUCCGGAGGAGCCAUCUGGGCCAAGGCUACCACUGGGCCCAUUGGAAGCAUCCUUGUGAAUGAUGGAAGCAUCUUGCGCGGUAAUAAAGCAGUAUCUGGAAAUGGCGGAGCCAUUUCUCUAUCAAUAGGUGGCAAAAGCACGAGUCUGAAAAGCCUCGUCGUGGAUGGGGUCAGCAUCCUGUCUCAGAACCAGGCCGGUCAUCAUGGAGGGGCGAUUUUUGUAGAAGGGCAAGGCAACUGCUCCACCACCACGAAUGUGCUACUCGGUGGUGGCAGUGAGCUUAUCGAUAACUGGGCCAGUGGAGGAAACGGUGGUGCCAUGUACCUAAGCAUAUGCCGGCUUCGGUCCCUGAGUGUCGUAAACGCCAGCAUCUCCAAAAACAUGGCUCGUUGCUUUCACGCAUUCGAUCAUUGCGACGGUGAUGGUGGUGGUAUAUAUGCAUUUUUCCAGGAUUUUCCAGCAGGCGGCAUUUCCAUUCGUGAACAGGCGGUACUUGCAAAUAAUACAGCUCUGCGCCAUGGGGGUGCAAUGUACAUAGCUAGUCAACCAGGUGGAGAAGACAGCGACCGUUUUCCUGGAAAUUUCUCCCUGGAUAGCAGCAUUCUUACGGGCAACACCGCUAUUACAGGGAAUGGUGGCGCUAUCUGUGUGGAUAUCCAAGCAGACCUGUCUGCGGUGGAGUUGUCCAAUACCAUCCUCAAAAACAACGCUGCUGUAUGCUAUGACAGCGAUGUGCUCGAUGGGGAGUUUCCGGAUGUCCUGGUGAGGACUUCCAGCGGGAAUGACAGCACCCUUAACGCUGGAUGCAGCGGGGGGGCCAUGUAUCUGGGCAUGAGCAGCAUGAAGAAUCCAUUGCUUAUAACGGGAGGUUCAUUCCUGGUUAACAACUCAGCUCAGCGUCAUGGUGGAGCUAUCUUUGUUCCCGAACGCACUCAACAUCCUGGGCUAAUUGUUUCAGGCGGAAGCAACGUAUCUUACAACAUGGCUGGGGCCAGGGGUGGAGCUAUACUUCUGCAACCAUUGCUGAGUGCAGAUUGGCCUUUUCAGGGGUACACUCUGCUGUUUGACAUGAACUCGGUUGCAUCUUACAACAGGGCUGCAUAUGGGGGUUUCUUGUACAUGUACGGCACAGGAAUUGAUACACAAUUGAGGAUUGAUGGCAGCGACUUUAUCGGCAACAGUGCAGUUUAUGAUGGCGGUGCAAUAUACAUGAUGCUCGCUCCUUUAGAUUUCCAGCCGUCUCUAAAUGCAAUUGUGGAGCGGGGAAGCACUGUAGCCCUGAACAUUGCACAAGGACAAGGUGGUGCCUUCUAUCUACAAACUCACCGGAGCUUGAAUCUCACCAUCACCGGUGCAUCCGACGUCUCCAGCAAUUGGGCCAUGUCUGAUGGCGGUGGAAUCUACGCGACAGUUACAGGAGGUGGUGUCGAAGGAGUUCUGGUUGGCGGUUCAAGUAUCCUCUCAAACAACACAGCUCUAUUCGGCCAUGGAGGUGCCCUUGCCAUUGAGGUAUGA